AUUGGACGUUUCAGUAGAAGUGAUUUUAAUGCGUUGUAAAUUAAUAAAAAAAAAAAAAUUAAAAAUUCCUAAAAUAAAAAAAAAUUUUGCUUUUUGAAAAUUUUAUUAUAAAAUAAAAGUGAUUUGGUGUAAAUUUAAUAAAAAUAAAAUUAAUGAAAAAUAUUUUUAGCAUUUUAAUAAUACGAAAUUUUUGUUCAAAAUGCCGGUUAAAUAGAAAAAUAUAAAAAAAAAAACUAAUUUUAAAAAUUAAAUGAGUGUGUAUUUAUUAUUUUGUUUGGUUGGAUGACAGUGAAUCAAAAAAAAAAAAAAAAUAAAAAAAAAAUCUACAAGCACGAUUUUUCAUACAAUAAUUUUCGCUUGAUAGAAAAAGUAAAAGAUUUUUUUUUUUUUAUGAUGAUGAUUCUUAACUAAGUGAUUUUUGCUUGAAUAUUCAAAAAGAAAAUAAUAAGCGACGUCGUUUUCACAAAAACAAAAGGAAAUAAAGAAAAAGUGUAAAAAUAGUUAAUUACGUUUGAUAAUAUUGAAAAAUUUUCUAAAAGUUAUUGAAAUUUAUUUAAAAAAAUACCAAUCAAAGAUUUUUAUUUUAUUUUUUGCCUUUUUGUUUUAUAUGGAAAGGUUUUUGGCGUGGUUUUAUUAUUGUGUUGGUUUGUAGAAUUUCAAAUUCCAAGAAAUACAAUAAUUUGACAUGCGUAUGUGUUGGUAGAAACACUUGUCAUUUGAAAAUUUUUUUGAUAGAAUUAUAAAAUUCAAAAUAUUUACCUUAUUCUUGUUCUAUGAUUUUGAAAAUUGUUUUAACAAAAUAUUCUUAUAAAAUAAUAAAAAUACCUAAAUAUUUACAAUAAAAAAAGAAAAAAAAAAAACGAAAAAAUCUAAAUAUGUAAUUUAUGAAUUAUAAAAAUUAAUUCUUAUAUAAAAUACUACAAACAAACAAAAAAAAAAAGAAAAAAAUAAUAAAAAUAAAAGAAAUUUAAGUGUCUGCUUGAAUGUUUAUAAAUUUGUAUUGGAAAUAAUAAUUUUUUUUUUAUAAUAAUAAUAAUAGCCUUGCUUGCUCUAGUCUCAAAAUAAAACUUAUGAGAUAAGUUUAUAUAGAAUUUCCGCCAUUAGAAAAUAAAAAAGAAAAUAACCAAUAAAUAGUAAAUUGAAUAGUAAAAAAGUUUUGUUUAUUGUGAAAAAAAAAAAAAAAACAAAAAAAAAAAAUUAUUAAUAAAAUAAUAAUUAUUGUACCUAUCUAUCUACCUACGUUUUACAAAUUGUUUUUUGUAUCUUACAUUGAAACCAAAAUAGUUUUCUUUAAAUUGAAAAUUGAAAUAUUGUUAACUAAAAUAAUUAACGACAGAAUUAAAUAAUUAAAAAAAUAAAACUAGUUAAAAAAACGAAAACAAUUUUUUGUUUUAAGUUUGAAAUUCAAUUUUUUUUUUCUGUUUUUGUUUAAUUUUUUUUUUUUUUUUGCAAUGGCAAUGGCAGAUCUUUUUGAUUUAGAAUUAGGACAUGAAGAUCAGAAUCCAAGAGAUUCUGAUGACGACAUCAUUGAAUUAGAUGAUGUAAGUUUUGGAAACCGAAAAACAACACUUUGUAACAAAUGUAAUCGAUGUCAAUCGCUUAAUGAUCAAGUUGACCUAGAACCAGAACUUAGCAUAAACAAACACACAGAACAAGAUGGAUCUGAAACAAUACAACUUUCAGAAGAAAAUGUUAAUCCAGGAAAAUUAAAAUUAGGACCUCAAGAUUUUGAAUUAAAAAAAGUUUUAGGUCGUGGUGGAUAUGGAAAAGUAUUUCAGGUUAGAAAAACAGCUGGAAGAGAUGCAAAUAAAUAUUUUGCAAUGAAAGUUUUAAAAAAAGCCUCAAUAGUCACAAAUCAAAAAGAUACAGCGCACACAAGAGCUGAAAGAAAUAUACUAGAAGCUGUCAAGCAUCCAUUUAUUGUAGAAUUAGUUUAUGCCUUUCAAACUGGUGGAAAGCUGUAUUUAAUUUUAGAAUAUUUGAGUGGUGGUGAACUUUUUAUGCAUUUAGAACGUGAAGGAAUAUUUUUAGAGGAUACAACAUGUUUUUAUCUAAGUGAAAUCAUUCUAGCAUUAGAGCAUUUGCACUCUUUAGGAAUUAUUUAUCGAGAUUUAAAGCCUGAAAACAUAUUAUUGGACGCACAAGGACACGUUAAAUUGACAGAUUUUGGUUUAUGUAAAGAACAUAUUCAAGAGGGUAUUGUAACACAUACAUUCUGUGGCACAAUAGAAUACAUGGCCCCAGAAAUUUUAACAAGAAGUGGUCAUGGUAAGGCUGUGGAUUGGUGGUCAUUAGGUGCAUUAAUGUUUGAUAUGUUAACUGGAGUGCCACCAUUUACAGCUGAAAACAGGAAGAAAACAAUUGAGACUAUAUUAAAAGCAAAAUUAAAUUUACCUGCCUAUUUAACACCAGAUGCCAGAGACUUAGUACGUAGAUUAAUGAAACGUCAAGUUUCACAAAGAUUAGGUAGCGGUCCAGAAGAUGCUGGUGCUAUAAGAGCCCAUCCAUUCUUUAAAUUAGUCAACUGGGAUGAUGUUUUAGCACGCCGUAUAGAACCUCCAAUAAAACCAAUAUUGAGAAGUGAAGAUGAUGUUUCACAAUUUGAUACAAAAUUCACACGUCAAAUACCAGUUGAUUCCCCAGAUGACACAACAUUAAGUGAAAGUGCAAACUUGAUUUUCCAAGGUUUUACAUAUGUUGCGCCAUCUGUAUUAGAAGAUAUGCAAAGAACAAAUCGUAUGCCAGCUAGAUCACCACGUCGAACACCACGUCAACAUGAUGGUUCAUAUAGAUUAUCAGCUUUUCCAACAACAAUAUCAGCUGCACCAACUUCAAAUCAUCAUCAUUUGCAACGUGGUAUGUGCGGUUCAAGAGCGACGCCACCGCAUUUACAAGCAUUUGCUCCACGUCCGUCUCCUCAAGAUGAAAUGAUGGACGUUCAGGGUUUACCAAUUGUGUAGUGUUAUCAUUUAAGAAAAUAUUAAAAAAUUAAGGAAAUUUAUAUAAAGAAAAAGUAAACAAAAAAAAAACAAAAAAAAAAACUAGAUAAAAAUUUAAUAAAAAUAAAAAAAUAAAACUAUAUGAAUAUAAUAAAAAAGAGAGAAGAAAAAAAAUAAAUUAAUAAUAAAGAAACUACUAAAUAAAAUUAAGAAUAACGACUAAAAUAAUAUUUUUUUUUUUUUUUUGACAAAACAGAUAUAAAUAAAUUUAUAAACUUAAAACAAAAAAAAAAAUACGAAAACGAAAAAAAAAUUUAUAAAAAUUAAAAAGUCAUGCAUAAAAUGUAAAUUACCAACUACCACCCUAAAUUAUAAACUAUACGUACAUAUGUAUUUGUAUAUACAUAUUUAUGUACGAAAAUACAUUAUAUAUACAUAUAUAUAUAUAAUAUGUAUUUAAUAAAUAAUAUAAUAU